AUGACGGCAAACACGACCAACAAACCCAAGGUCCAUGCUGAAAGCAAGCCUCUGAUUCUCGUUGCGUCUUUCCCUGCUGAAGGACACAUAAUCCCUCUCUUGGCUAUCACCUCAUACCUUUUCAAGAAGGGCUACGAAGUUGUCUUUAUUGCACCCUCAAACUUCCACGGCAAAGUUGAAGAAGCUGGGGCUGAAUAUAUUGAGUCUGAAAACCCAUUCACUGACAUCACUCUCCAGGCCUUGGGUGAUUUGGCUUCUUUGCCUGUCGGACCUGAGCGUUUUGCUGGUCAGGUGAAGACGGUUUUCUUGGAUACCUUACAUUUACGUACUCAAAAGACGGAAGAGGUCUUGGCCCUGCUAAAAGCAAGAGACCCUGGCCGCCAGAUUAUUUUCAUCGAAGACGUCUUGAACUGGUCUUUUUUGCCUUUCAAACAUGGCCGACCCCUGCCUCAGGGCUUCACAGAAAUCCCCAAGACCAUCGGCAUCGGCGUCGCUGCUUUUAUGCUCGAAAGCCGGGACACUGGACCAGUCUCACUCGGUCUGCCCCCUGAUUCAACCCCAUCAGGUCGCCAACGGAACGAAAUACUUCAAGAUCUGGUCGAGAAAGGUCCCAUGAAGCCCAUGAUCGAUUCUUGGCAGGAGGCAAUGAGGAGGACAGGCUGUACAAGAAUCCCCAACAAACGCCUUUUCAGGCACUGCUACACAGCUCACGAUUUCACGCUGCAACUCUGCUCGCCCAGCCUCGAAUAUCCCAUUUCUGAUUUGCCACCCACAGUGGAGUUCAUCGGCGUGAUGCCGCGCAAGGCACCUAGUCCAGACUAUGAAUACCCCACUUGGUGGUCCGAAGUCGAGAGAGCACAGGAGAAUAACAAGUACCGCCAUGUUGUUUUUGUCUCUCAGGGCACGGUCAAUGCAGACUACUCUGAGCUCGUAUUGCCAUCUAUUGAAGCCUUUUCCAACAGACAAGAUGUUCUUGUUGUUGUGACUCUAGGGGUUCGGGGUGCUCAGCUUCCUUCGGAGUUCACUAUUCCUCCGAAUGUUCGAGUUCUGGAUUACUUGCCUUAUGACACUAUUCUCGAAUACACCGACGUUUUCGUUUCAAACGCCGGUUAUGGCGCCUUUACACACUCUGUUAGGAAUGGCGUCCCCAUCGUUCUUGCCGGCGAGAACGAAGAAAAGAUUGAGGUCACUAUGCGCGGCGUGUAUGCUGGGCUCGGUGUCAGCUUAGCCACACAAAGGCCGACUCCAGAGCAAGUCAGAAAGGGCGUCGAGCAGAUUUUGCGAGACAUUAAGUACAAAAAGGCAGCAAUUAAUUUAAAGAGAGAGACCGACAGCAUGGAUGCUCUGGCAGCAGUGGAAAAGAAAGUGGAAGAGUUGACGAUUUAG